AUGCCUCCCUCGAUGACGGUCAAACAUGGCCACGACUGCCUCGGUUACGCUUUAGAUGCCGUUCCAGACGCCCUUCUCUCUCGGAAGACGAACCUGAGCAGCGCGCUGGUUUCCCUCGUCGGCAGAUCGAGUUCCUCAGAGCCCCAGCCCAUAGCUACUCCGGGACGAUUUGUCGAGCAAACCCUAGUUGACCCUCUACGCCGUCGAUCACUGA